AUGAAUCCCGCUUCACAUGUCAAAGUCGCAUCCAUCACUCUCAUCCCUCUCACUUUCACAUACAUAGCAACCAUGCUCCCACGACCACGAAUCCAGCCUUCGCGGCUUCACAACCUCCUGAAACAGCAUGUCCCACCCCGCCGCACCAUCGUCGCCGCUCCCCGCCCCGGCUCCGGUCCUUUGAUGGAACGCCGCGGCGACCGCGCCCUCCCCACCCUCUCAACAGGAAUCCCCCGCUGGCUCAAAACCCUCCCCCUCUUCGCCUUCAUCAUGGUCGGCUCAGCGUUGGCGAUCUUUAAUUACCAGAAACAGAGUUCAUCCGUCGUGAGCAGUACGCUCUACGCCUUGCGCACGAAUGCGGAAGCGAGGGAGAUCUUGGGGGAUGAGAUCUACUUUAAUAGUAAAGUGCCGAUUAUUUGGGGGGAGCUGAAUCAGUUGCAUGGGAGAAUUGACAUUCAGUUUUGGGUCAAGGGGACGAGGGGGAAGGGGUUGAUGACUUUUAAGAGUGAGAGGAGGACGAGGAUGGGGUUUUUCGAGACGACGGAGUGGACCCUACAUCCAGCAGGCGGACGGGUGAUAUCGUUGUUAGAGGCGGAGAAGAAAGAUCCUUUCAUCCAGGAGACAGCAGACAAGAUUACAGUCGCCACAUGA